AUGUCUCGUGUUCUUCUCGUCCUUUUACUUGCAUGGAGUACAAUACGGUCAAUCGUCGCCGCGCCUGUACCUGACAAUGAGCUCAUUCAACAAAAGAUGCGUUUACCGGCACCUCUACGGAAACCGAUUGUGGCGCUGAUUGGGGACAAGUGCUAUAAAACCCUGGUGGAAGACUUUGAGAUUACCAAUUUGGCGUGCAUCAAGUACAGCAUUUCCAAGGGUCUUGGAUUGGGUAUUGUCGUGGGUGGUUCCAUUGUCAAGAUUCCACAAAUCAUUACGAUAGUGGCGAACAGCUCUGUACGAGGAUUAUCACUUGCAUCGUUUGUGCUUGAAGCCCUAGCAUGCUGUAUCACGUUUGCAUACAAUUGGCGUCAAAGCAACCCAUUCAGUACUUAUGGCGAAUCGUUUUUCCUUACGCUACAAAACAUCCUCAUUUCAUUGUUGAUCCUCUUCUACAACCGGCGACUGGGGGCUACGUUUGGGGGUUUGAUUGCAUAUCUUUUGAUCCUUCAUUGUCUCACGUCACCCACCAUGUUAUCACCAUGGGUCAUGGCUAGCUUGUAUGCUAUCACUAUCCCGCUCAGUCUCGCAAGCAAGAUCCCCCAAAUCUAUACCAACUUUGUCAACAAGUCCACUGGGCAACUUUCUGUAUUCGCCGUCCUCAACUAUUUUGCAGGCACUACAGCACGGGUCUUUACAACAAUGACUGAAUUGGAUGAUCCAUUGAUGCUUAUGGGUAACCUGCUGGCAAGUAUACUCAAUGGUGUGCUGGUCAUCCAAGUAUUCAUGUAUUGGGAGAAACGAGUGGAGCCACAGAAAGCAGACUAG